CAGCGGGAUGCAACUCCCUGGCGGCGGGGAGCAGGCGCCUCCGGCCCGCCGCUGCUUCCCCGCUGGUACCCACAGGUUCCCGACGAGGCCCAGCUCUCCGCAAAAGUGGGGAGGAGGAAAAGGAGCGGAGCUGGCGAGGAAAGCGACACGAACCCUACGUCCCGUGCCGAGAGAGACACCGGAGGCCCCGCCAUCACCUUCCGCGCUCCCCACGCCAACGCUCGGGUUUCACUCGCCGCAGGAAAGGAGGCGGUGCAGGCGCGGGGGAGGAGCUGAGAAAGGGAGGGAUGUGGAUUAAAAAACUGCUUUUGAAUGAAGAAACUUUAUUUGGUGCCCGUAGAAGAGAAAAACAAUGGCCGAGGACGCGGAGAUCUUCCGGGGACGAAGGCGGGGACAGCUGAGGGGCGACGAGAGAAGCGGAAUAAGGAAGUGGGCGGAAGGCGGAAGCAACCAGGGACCGGGACGUCGCAGGGACCAGGGAGCGGAUAAGGUCGCGGCAGCACGGGUCACGUGCUCCGACGGUCACGUGGACCGGGCGGCUUACGCUCCGCUGGGCCAGGAGUCCUGUGCGCCUGCGCAGUGUCGGGCGCUGGGCGGGGCACUGGGUCGGUGUUGGGACUGGCUGCGGGAGCGCAGGACUGCAGCCGGUACUCUGUCUCUUUCCUGCGGCGGAGGGGCAGGAGCGUGCGCCUUUGGCGCGUCUGUCUUUUCUUCCCGCGGAGAGCUUGAGAUGUGGUAAUGUCAGCCAGACUUCUCAGAUCCUUGGCCAGAUCUCACUAUAUUUUAUCAGAAGCGUGUCAGUGCCAAAGACUUGUUCAUCGAACAUUAAACCCACUUAAGGAAUUUGAGACCACAACAUGCAACACCCUGACAAGAAGUCAGAACGUGAAUUUGUUCUUUCCUGAUACAGCAGUUGUUGGUUUGAAUAAGUCCCAGGUCCUGGAAAUGAACCGGAAAAUAUCAAAUACAAAUGUACUCUCUCCAUUAAACACCACACGUUACCAAGAUGAAAAAGAGCACCUUCCAACCAGGAACUCCCUUGGUACUCAUAGGAAAGUGAUUCACAAACCAAGUCUGUUAGGUUUUAAGUGGUUUAUAAAAAUACCGAAGAGACAUUCCUCAUCUGUGUCAAUGGAAGCACUUGUUUCUAAACAAGACUUUCCGCAAAUCAAGAGACCACUGAAAGCAUCAAGGACCAGGCAGCCAUCCAGGACCAACCUUCCAGUUCUGCCUGUGAACAAGGACCUGAUGCGCUGUACUGCGUUUGCAACCGCAGAUGAAUACCAUCUCGGAAGUCUCUCUCAAGAUCUGGCCUCCCAUGGAUAUGUUGAAGUAACAAGCUUGCCUAGAGAUGCAGCAAAUAUUUUGGUGAUAGGUAUGGAAAAUUCUGCAAAAGAAGGUGAUCCUGGAACAAUAUUCUUCUUCAGGGAAGGAGCUGCUGUCUUCUGGAAUGUGACAGACAAAACUAUGAAGCAUGUGAUGCAAGUUCUUGAAAAACAUGAAAUUCACCCCUAUGAAAUUGCAUUGGUGCACUGGGAGAAUGAAGAGCUUAACUACUCAAAAACAGAGGGACAGUCAAAACUUCACAGAGGGGAAAUCAGGUUAAAUUCAGAGCUAGAUUUAGAUGACGUCAUUCUAGAGAAAUUUGCUUUCUCAAAUGCUCUUUGCCUUUCAGUGAAACUGGCUAUCUGGGAAGCAUCACUGGAUAAAUUUGUUGAAUCUAUUCAGUCGAUUCCAGAGGCUUUAAAAGCUGGGAAGAAAGUGAAACUAUCUCAUGAAGAAGUUAUGCAGAAAAUGGGUGAACUCUUUGCCUUAAGACACCAUAUAAACUUGAGUUCAGACUUCUUGAUCACUCCUGAUUUCUACUGGGACAGAGAAAAUCUGGAAGAACUUUAUGAUAAAACUUGUCGGUUCCUCAGCAUUACGCGUAGAGUUAAGGUCAUGAAUGAAAAGCUUCAGCACUGCAUGGAGCUAACAGAUCUGAUGCGGAAUCACCUGACUGAGAAGAGGACGCUGCGCCUGGAAGGGAUGAUUGUCAUCCUUAUCACCAUAGAGGUAAUGUUUGAGCUGGGACGAGCAUUUUUCUGAUUAAGUGACGACCAAAGGAAAAGUGUCAUUGCAAGAUAUAUUGAAGCUCUACAAUCAAAAAUAAAUGCUCACCUGUUGAGAUUAAUAGGUAUUUAAUUUUUUUAAUCAAGAAAUUGUCACAGUGAUCUUUUUCAGUUUCUCAAUGUAUUGCUGCUUGAAUAAAAACUAUAAAGAAUCUGGCA